CUUUGGGAGACCUGGGAAUAUGAGCAGCAAGAAACUAAGACGAGUGGGUUUAUCGCAAGAGCUGUGUGAUCGUCUGAGUAGACAUCAGAUUGUUAACUGUCAGGACUUUUUAUGUCUCUCCCCACUGGAACUUAUGAAAGUGACUGGCCUGAGUUAUGCAGGUGUCCAUGAGCUUCUGCGUACAGUCAGCAAGGCCUGCGCCUCACAGAUGCAAACGGCUUAUGAGAUAAAGACACGGAGGACGGGGGCCCUCUCACCAGCAUUCCUACCCACUACCCUUUCUGCUUUGGAUGAAGCUCUGUACGGUGGUGUUGCUUGCGGAUCUCUCACAGAGAUUACAGGUCCACCAGGUUGCGGAAAAACUCAGUUUUGUAUAAUGAUGAGUGUUUUAGCUACAUUACCCACCAACAUGGGAGGAUUAGAAGGGGCUGUUGUGUACAUUGACACAGAGGCUGCGUUUACUGCUGAAAGACUGGUCGAGGUAGCAGAAUCCCGUUUCCCACACCAUUUUAACACUGAAGAAAGGUUGCUUCUGAGCAGCAGUAGGGUUCAUCUUUUCCGGGAACUCACCUGUGAGGGACUUCUGCAAAGACUUGAAUCUUUGGAGGAAGAGAUUAUUUCAAACGGAGUUCAGCUUGUGAUUGUGGACUCCGUUACCUCUGUGGUCAGGAGGGAGUUCGAUCCGCAGCUUCAAGGCAACAUCAACGAAAGGAACAAGUUCUUGGCCAAAGGGGCAUCCUUACUGAAGUACCUGGCUGAGGAAUUUUCAAUCCCAGUUAUCUUGACGAAUCAAAUUACGACCCAUCUGAGUGGAGCCCUCCCUUCUCAAGCAGACCUGGUGUCUCCGGCUGAUGAUUUGUCCCCGUCUGAAGGCACUUCUGGAUCCGGCUGUGUGGUAGCCGCACUAGGAAACACAUGGAGUCACUGUGUGAACACCAGGCUGAUUCUCCAGUACCUUGAUGCAGAGAGAAGGCAGAUCCUCAUCGCCAAGUCCCCUCUGGCUCCCUUCACCUCCUUCGUUUACACCAUCAAGCGGGAAGGCCUGGUUCUUCAAGGCUAAGAAUGGCCAUAGGGAUACUGUGACCUUUGUCCAGAGCUGAUGGGGGUGUGAUUUGUGAAAUGAAACAGGACGGUGCUGCUUGGGAAAAGGAACCGGAAGCCGACAUAAAUGAGGAUUAAUUGGUUGGUUGCUAUUGAGACGGAAACAGUGAUUUCAGACCCAGAAGGGAAGAUGAAGAUGAAGAAGCCUUUGUCCAGACUGGAGAUGCGGAGGCGAGGGGCUCUACAGCACGGGAUGUGGGCAGCCAUAAUAAUAAUUUGCACAUACAUAGCACCUUUCAACCGUGCACCUCAAAGCGGUUUAGCCACAUUAAUUAAUUAAGCCCACAAUCCCCCUGGGGAGAUGAGGAGGGGGACUAACAAGAUUUGUAAUUACAGAAGGGAGCAUUUCCGAAUAAAGUAUUGUCCAGCAAAUAAAGAAGAAUAGGUGUACAAAGAAUCGGGGUCUCCAAAGAGUAACUG